AUGAAGGAGCAAGAGUUACUUAUCCACCAAAGCAUUUCCAAAGAACCACAAAAGGAAGUGGAACGACACGUUCCAAUUCCAAAAGUAAUGCAGCCUUUACCCAAAAUACCUCCUCCAUUCCCCCAGCGCUUAAAGAAGAAAAAUGAAGAUGAGAAGUUCAAGAAGUUCUUUUCGGUGUUUAAGACAUUAUCAAUUAAUCUUCCCCUUGUGGAAGUAUUGUUGGAAAUGCCGGGAUACGCCAAGUUCAUGAAAGAGUUAGUCACAAAGAAAAGGAGAUUGGAUUUUGAAACAAUUGAAGUUUCCCAUAGUUGUAGUGCAAUUAUGACUAAGGAGCUGAUAAAAAAAAGAGAAGAUCCCAAGGCAUUUACCAUUCCUUGCACAAUUGGCAUGCUCAAAUUCGCUAAAGCUUUAUGCUAUUUGGGGGUAAGCAUCAACUUGAUGCCCUAUGCGAUAUACAAACAACUUGGUUUGGGUGAACCAAAAGCAAUCACAAUGAGACUCUUAAUGGCUGAGCAUUCAAUCAAACAUCCCGUGGGGAUACUUUACGACAUAUUGGUGAAAGUUGAUCGGUUCAUUUUACCGGCUGAUCUUGUCAUUCUCGUUUGUGAAAUAAAUGUUAAGAUUCCCAUUAUUUUGGGAAGACCAUUCUUAGCAACUGAUAGAGCAUUGGUGGAUGUUGAAAAUGGAAAAUUGAAGUUUCGGGUGAACGAAGAUGAAGUAACCUUCAAUGUUUGUAAGUCAAUGAAACACCCAAAUGAUAUCCAUGUGGUGUCCACCGUUGAUGUUAUUGAUGAGGCGGUGGCUAGCGUGAGCCAUUUGAAGUGCAUGGGCGAACCUCUUGAAGUCAUGCUUGCUAACUAUGAUGAAUUUGAAAUUAAAGGGUAUGAAGAGGUAGUAGCUGUUCUUUCAGGAUUGGGAGGAGAGUCCUCUCGCAAAGCCAUCAACAUCAGAACCACCAAACCUGGAAUUAAAAGCAUUUCCCCUCAUCUCCAGUAUUCUUUCUUAGGGGCAAAUAACACUCUACCGGUGAUCAUUACGGCUGACUUGCUUGAAUGGCAGGUGAAAUUGCUUUUUGAGGUGUUACGAAGGCAUAUCAAAGCUAUAGGUUGGACCAUUGCUGAUAUAGUGGGCAUUCCUCCCGAUAUCUGUACUCACAAAAUUCAGCUUGAUAGUAAGUGUAAGCCGAGUGUUGAACAUCAGCGGAUUUUGAACCCACCAAUGUAA